CACAUGCGCACUGUGGGUCGCUGGCUGUGGUGUCACGUGCCGAGCGCGGGCCACCGCCUCCUGGGCGGGCGCUUCUUGUGGCUGUCUCGGCCGCCACCCGGGGGCCGCGGGAAGCCUGGCGGUUCCGGGCUGGAAGAGGCCCGCUUUUGGUUCGUAUCCGCCGCGAGGUAUCUAGCCUGCCAAGAUGCCAGGGCCAAGACCUCGGAAGGCCCCUAAGACCAGAGGCCAGGGUGCCGCAACUGCCAAGCAGCUGGGACUUUUUGUGGAGUUCGACACUGAGGACAUGCUCCUGGGGAUGGACGACACUGAAGAUGAGGGAGACCUGGAGGCUGAGCUGCUGGCUCUCACUGGGGAAGUGGGGAGCACAAGCAAGAAGCCAGCACCCAAGGGGCAUGCCCCCCUGCCCAUGGCCCACAUUGAGAAGUUGGCAGCAGACUGUAUGCGAGAUAUGGAGGAGGAUGGAGAGGAAGAUGAAGGGCUGGAGGAGGAUGCAGAGCUGCUGACAGAGCUGCAGGAGGUCCUGGGUGUGGAUGAAGAAACUGGGCUGCUAGAUGGCAGUGAGGCAACAAGUCCAGACUUGUCUGAGGAGAAGGCGCAGGACAACACUGAACAACCUGUAAUGCAGACAGCCUUCCAACAGGCUUUACCUGCGGCCCCUCAGGCUGGAGGGCCUCGGGGGCUGCAGGCUUUGCUGGAGGAACGGAUCCAUAACUACCAGGAGGCUGCAGCCAGUGCCAAGGAGGCUGGUGAAGCUGCCAAAGCCCGGCGCUGUGAACGAGGCCUGAAGACUUUGGAGUCCCAGCUUGCCACUGUGAGGAAAGGUGGGAAGAUCAGUGAGGAUGAGAUUCCACCUCCAGUAGCCUUGGGCAAAAGGCCCCCACCUCACCAGGAAACGGCCAACAGAAGCUCUGAGACAGACACUCUAGCUCCCUGUGCCAUGGAGCCAGGCCAUCUCUUCCAACCUGAGACCAGCCUCCCAGGUAGCUCUGCCGUUGCUGCCCUGUCUGAUGCAGACCUAGACCCACAGGCCCUGUUGUCUGCACGACAGAGAGAGUACAAAGUAGCUGCUCUCAAUGCCAAGCGGGCUGGGGAUCUAGAUCGUGCCCGGGAGCUCAUGAGGAUUGGAAAGAGAUUUGGUACUGUCCUGGAGGCCCUGGAGAAGGGGCAGCCUGUGGAUCUGAGUGGCAUGCCCCCGGCACCUGAGGAUCUGAAGGCCCUUCCACAGGCUUCUAAGGCCCCCACUGCAACCCGAGUCCUGUCCCCAGCAGUGGAGCAAGUGCAGCCAGUGAUGACUUCUGAGCUCCCAGCCACUCCAGUGGCCCCUGCAGAGCCCAAAACAGUGCUGGAUGCUUUACAGCAAAGACUGAACAAGUACCGUGAGGCAGGCAUCCAAGCCCGGGCCAGUGGGGAUGAGCGUAAGGCCAGGAUGCAUGAUCGCAUUGCAAAGCAAUAUCAGGAUGCUGUUCGAGCUCAUCGAGCAGGAAAGAAAGUUGACUUUGCUGAGUUACCUGUUCCUCCAGGAUUUCCUCCCAUUCCUGGCCUGGAGCCCAGUAAAGGUGCCGGGGAGGAUUCAAUGGCAGCAACUUUGGCAACUGCCCAAAAACUGGCCUCAGAAGAUACAGUCCUGGAAGAUGAAGAUGAGGAGAGUGACAUCCCAGCACAGGCCCCAGUGGCCAAGAAACCAGCACAGCCACUGGCCCCUUCAUCUCAUCUUCUGACUGAGCCCAAGGCCUCAAGUUCUAAGGAAUCACUGAGUCCAUCUGUUCGGGAGCAGCUGGCACUGCUGGAGGCUCGGAAACUGCAAUACCAGCGAGCAGCCCUGCAAGCCAAGCGCAAGCAGGAUCUGGAGCAGGCCAAAUCCCAUUUACGAGUGUCUAAAAGUCUUGAGGCCCAGAUCAUCCAAGCCCGAGCAGGUCAACCCAUUGACCUCUCCAAGGUGCCUUCACCCUUGACGGAUGAAGAGGGUGACUUCAUCCUCAUUCACCAUGAGGAUCUGCGACUCUCUCAGAAGGCUGAGGAGGUGUAUGUCCAGCUACAGAAAAUACUCCUGGAGCAACAUGAGAAGUGCCUGCUGUUCUCCAAGCAGUUCAUGCACCAGGGCAAUGUGGCUGAGACUACCCGGUUUGAGAAGCUUGCUCAGGACAGAAAGAAACAGCUUGAGAUCCUGCAGCUAGCUCAGGCCCAGGGCCUUGACCCUCCCAGCCACCACUUUGAGUUGAAGACGUUCCAGACUGUGAGGAUCUUCUCAGAACUCAACAGCACAGAAAUGCAUCUGAUCAUCGUCCGGGGAAUGAACCUCCCAGCCCCACCAGGAGUGACUCCUGAUGACUUGGAUGCUUUUGUACGCUUUGAGUUUCACUAUCCUAACUCGGACCAGGCUCAAAAAAGCAAAACAGCCGUGAUAAAGAAUACAAAUUCUCCAGAAUUUGAACAAGUUUUCAAAUUAAACAUCAAUCGAAAUCACCGGGGCUUUAAGAGGGUGAUCCAGAGCAAAGGAAUCAAAUUUGAGAUCUUCCACAAAGGAUCCUUUUUCAGAAGUGACAAGCUGGUUGGCACAGCACACCUGAAAUUGGAAAGACUGGAGAAUGAGUGUGAGAUCAGAGAGAUCAUGGAGGUUUUAGAUGGAAGAAAGCCUACAGGGGGCAAGCUGGAGGUUAAAGUGAGGUUGCGGGAGCCUUUGAGCAGCCAGGAUGUGCAAACGGUCACUGAGAACUGGCUGGUCCUGGAGCCCAGGGGCCUGUGAGGUGGUCAGCACUGAGAGAGAAUCAGCCAGCACUGGUAUCAGCUCACUGAUUCAGCAUUGCUGGCUGCAAGAGCCUCUGCACGUGAGAGAUGCUGCUACACAAGCACCAAAGACCCAUCGAACUAACUGCUGCCUGGCCUUUCCUCGAGCUGCCUCUCCUGGGCUUCCAUGAAAGCAGGCCAGGCAGAUCCUAGAACCUUCUCCUAUAGCCUUCCACCCCUCAGAAUGUGGGUGAAGACAAGGAUACCCAUUGCUCUGUGCCAGUCCUAUUGCCCCUUAACCUCUGCAUAGUAACGACAUACAGUUUAACCUGGCUCCCAGUUGAACCACUUCUGGAUGUGCCUUUCAAAGACUUAACUGUAAGUGACAAGACUUGAGGGUGAUCGGGACGUUCCCCGCUUAGGGAAGGGGCAGGACUCCAUGACUCCUGCUGGUCAGUGGCAGCCUGUCCCACCCAGCUGUUUCCCCCUCUGCCUGUGCCUUUGACCCUGACACCUGCUGCACUAGCCUUUCUGAUUCCCAGAGGACUUGGAACAGGAAAAGUUACUUUGGGACUAUUGGUGGGAAGGGGAAGGUUUUCUUGGUUUUUGUUCAUGUACCUAACAUGUUAACUGGGAAAAAAAGAAAAAAAAUUAAUUUUAUGUAGCCAUUUUUAUUUUAAAACUAUGUCUAAUUCAUCAUAAGAACUUUAUAUUCUAAACAGUA